GCGGUGGGGGACGGAGAGUUUACGGUGGACUCAGACCGCGCUAGAGUGGGCGUAGCCAUGACGUGGCUGUUGCACAACAAGAUGCGGGCCCGCUUGGAGAGAGGAAAUUUCCAAGAUUACCGGCUCCUUCUGAAUCUGCGGCACCUGUACCUGAAGCGCUUGCCAUGUUCGGAGCAGGAAAGUCUCGUGCCGGGUUUUGAUGCCGAGACAGCCGGGGACUUGCCAGAGCGAUUUGCUCGCUUUUUGCAUGACAACGGUUUCGAUAGUCCGGUGCGCCCGGAUGCGGCAGGCUGGACUCCCAUCUGCUAUGCCGCCCUCAACGGGGACCCUGCCCUCAUUUCCGAAUUGUUGAAGCACAAAGCUAGCCCGCAUGAUCGGAUCCAGACAUCGAAGCCGGUGUUCAGCCUUGCGAAACACAUGACACCCUUGCAUCUUUGUGCACUCUUCUGCAACAACGACGCCAUGAAGAUCUUGAUCUCCGGACGCGGGGACGUCCUUGCACGAGACCGCCGUGUUGCAACUCCUCUGCAUUGGGCGAAUGUGUCCAACAACGUGGAAGGGAUCAAGACCCUACUGGCUGCCACUGCCGACCCAACCCUGCUUGACAGGGUCGGCUGCGCGUUUGCUUCCAGGGAGGCUGUGAUGUCAGCUUUGCACUUGGGGGCCGGUUUGACAGGAAGCAACGCGCAGUUCAUUGCUACUUUGGUGCGGGCGGGUGCGGAUGUGAACGAGGUGGCGCCCCUGUCGGAUGCGUUGGAGUUCAAGAUGCUCAUGGCAGCCCUGAGAUUGAAGCACCAGCUCCGCCCUACGACCCUCACGCGCUUGGCUCACCAUGGCUCUGGAGCGACUCCUCUCAUGAUCAGCAUCCUCGCCGGAGCCUUCGAGGCUGUCUCUCCCCAGAACCCAGCCCUGUUGGGCCGUCAG